AUGCAACCCAAUAGGUUGAGGGCAUCAACUGUCUCUACCAAGUUACAUACUCGAUCAAAGACUCAACCAGACAGCAAUGAUAUAACAAACAACAACAAUGUCAACAACAACAACAUCAACAAUAACAACAAUAACAAUAAGCUUCACUUGGAGAACUACUACAAAGUACUAAAGAAGAAUGUGUUGGACUUUAGAUUCGAGUUCAUCGUCUCUCUAAAGAAGAAUGAGAAGGUCAGGACAUUAUUAGUCAAUCUCAAGGACAGAUUCAUAGAGUUGAUCAAGAUGUCCAAGAAGAAUAUACACAAGAAACGAAGUAGCAAGAAGUAUUACAUUGAGGAUAUCAUAAAGGUGGUCAAGGAUCGCAAUGAUAGUAGAUUGAUCACAUUCAGUGUGAACAAGGCUGGCACAAGUCCAAAGAAAGAGAGGCACAAGGAUAAGAUCAAGGACAAGACAAAGGACAUCAAGAAGAGAGAGAAGCAAGAGAGAAAGGAGAGGGAGAGGAAGGAGAAGGAGGACAAAGAUAAGAUCAAGGGCAAGGGUAUCAGGAAGAGCAAAGAUAAAGACAAGGACAAGGAGAAGGAGAAGGAUAAGGAGAAGGAUAAUGAGAAGGAUAAUGAGAAGGAGAAGGAAUUCAAUGCAACAUUCAUCAAUAGCGAGAGACGUGAAUGCUUCUUUGAACUGAUAUGGCUGUCGAGAUCUAAUGUUGGCAGUGACAAUAUAACGAUACCAGAGAAGGAGGAGAGGACACCUUAUGAUGCUGUCUCACUCUUUGUCGGAACAUGGAAUGUUGGCGACGCCCCACCUCCAACACCAACAUCAACAUCCGCGGGCGUCGACGGUGGACUCAGCAAGUGGAUACCAAACAAUGGACAGUACGACAUCUAUGCUAUUGGAGUACAGGAGUGCGAGUAUGAAGUGACGUCAUCGACGCCAGUCGAAUGCGAGACACAUUGGUUCACCACUCUUGCCAAUCACAUUGGCACAGGCUACAUACGUCUCGAGUCGAUCAGUUUGGUCAAGAUGCGUCUGAUCAUAUUCGUCAAGAAGGAGCACUAUAACAAGAUCUGUCACGUCGAGAAGGAGACGGUGGCCACAGGCAUUGGUGGAAUAUACGGCAACAAGGGCGCGACUGCCAUCUCAUUCCAGUUCUUUGAGACCAGCUUUUGCUUCAUCAACUCACAUUUUGCAGCACAUCAAGAGAAGACUGAUCAGCGCAAUCAGAACUACCGCGACAUUGUCAAGAAUGUAGAGUUGGGCAACAAGGACAUUGAUGUACUCAAUCAGUUCCAUCACGUCUUUUGGAUGGGCGAUCUCAACUACCGCGUGGACCUCUUCCGCGAGGAGGUGCUAUUGCUGAUCAGCAAGGGUAACACGACAAAGCUGUUGGCUAACGACCAGCUGGCCAAGCAGAAACAGCUGGAAAAGGUGUUCAUUGGAUUCAAGGAGGCGCCCAUCCCCUUCCUCCCAACAUACCGCAUGUCCCGUGGCCAGAUGGCCGUGUACACGGAGGAGAAGCAGCGUGUGCCAAGCUGGUGCGACAGGGUGUUGCACAAGUCACUGCCCUACAGCCAACCGAUCACAUGUGUACAGUACAACUCGGCGCCAGAGAUACAGACGAGUGAUCACACGCCAGUGUAUGGUGUGUAUCACGCAUUCAUUCAGCGGCCAUGUCUGCCUGUGCCCCAGUCACUCAUACAGCCGCUCAAGAUAUACUUGACAGACUUGCGCGCCGAGAACCUCGAGCUUAACGACGAGGACGUGGCGCCAUCCGCAUUCCUCGCCAUCAACACCAGCGCAUUCGUGGAGCAGGCGUUUGAGACCACGCCGCAGAGCAAGCGCACCAAUCCAGUAUGGGGCGACAUGCCACCCAUCGUACCAGGCAUCCACAAACGAUCCUAUCUCGAGAAUCAGCACCUGUUUGUCACGAUCUACGACGAGGACGACUCGAACAAGCGACUGGGCCACGCAACAAUCCCGCUGGGCUGUGGCUUUGGCGACGAGCCCUACAGCUUCAAGACCAGGAUCACAAAGUAUGGAUUGAUCGCUGGACUACUAUAUGGCAAGAUAUAUAUUUGUUAUGAUAGUCCGUCCACGCCGCCACUAGGCGGUGCAGCGGCAAUCAGUUCAACAGGUGAUAUUAUAGACUAUCCAAUCACAUCAACAUCAACUACUACUACAACUACUACAACGACAACACCAACACCAAGUAUAACAACAACAAAUAGUAAUAAUAAUACUGUUGCUGGCGAAGGCGAUGUGGACAGCAACAACAACAACAACAACGAUGAUGAUGACGCACCAACUAGAUCAGCCCUGAGAAGAUCAAGGUCCUUCAGGAAGAGUGUCUAA